UUACAGAUUAACAAAUACCACUGACUGACAUACUGACAUCGUCUUAAUACUACACGGGAAUAUCACUUUGGUUUGGUUACGUGACAUCAGAGUGUCGGUUGACUGGAAGCACUAUUCCGCGAUUUUGAAGCCAGUAAGCCAGACAGACUGCCACUUGCCGCGGGCAAUAGUAACAAAUAUUAUUCGCUAUGAUUUAAUAUUUACCUUGGAUCGACUGGAUUGGUGGAUGGUGGAUGAAUCCUAAUCAAGAUGUCGACACCGAGAAAGCAGGGAACACUUACGAAAUUAUGAGCGAUAAUAAGACGCAGAGCUUACGAUUUACCAACUUACCUAGCGACUAGUUUGCUUUUUAUAAUCGGAUGAUUUUUUUGUUUACAGCAGUGCUUGACUUGAGGUACUACAAGUAAGGAGGUCGGACUUUUGUUGACAUUUUACCGGCAUUUUCUUUGCCUGCAACCUGCAGAGUGAAGUUUCAAAGUACACACUCUCUUCCGUGUUAUGAGCCUGUGCAUUGGAGUAUAUAGCGGGUUGAGAAAUAUAAAUAGAAGUAAAGCGAGCAGCAACUGAGCACUGUGGCAGAUGAUAAAGGAUUUAGGAGGGACAAAGAACGUAAAAUCAGUGUUGGAUUGAAAAAAGAUUGCGAUGAAUGGAAUGCGAAUGCUGUUGCUCUCUUUUGUUAGUGUUUGUCAAACCCGUCGCGAGCUAUGAAUGCCCAAGACACUUCGAAGCACUCGACGUCAGCGAGUGUACGAGGUAGUGGAAGUAGGAAGACGAUCGCUGGGUGGGAACACAUGGGUGAGAUUGCUGCCGUCUUUGAAAGCAAUGUCGAGCUUACGUCGAGUAUAACGCCUCGGACUACGAUAAAUGAGCAAAGCGUCGGUGAGCACCAAGGAGACAAGCAACGGGGUUACCCGGUAGCCACACGGGCUAAACAUGGAGACACCAGCCCACUGUCACAGUAUGAUACUGAACCAUCGAUCUUGUCUAGUUAUAGUGUAAAUGAUAAUAAUAAUGCAGUGAGUAGAAGUCAACGGCAUCGUGGAUCAAAUUAUGAAGGAAUUAUUCGUUCUGCUUCAGUGGUUGAGGAGAGUAAACUAAGAUAUAAAGACACCUCGACUACCCUGACGAUGACCUCAUCAAGUGCACAUGCUAUGGAUUUGUUUACAUCGACACCCCGUCCACGAACUCAAAACGCCCCUCUCACUCUUGAUAUACCUGAUUUCAUGCCAGCUGUGUUCGAACCAGAUACGAAUGGGGGAGGGGCGUUGGAUGAAUUUGAGAACGAUGAUCUGUUAUUACGAGCAAGGGAAGCGGAGUUUACAGCCACUUUACAACCACGAUCGUUUGAUGCUUCGAUAUACGCGACUUACACGGAUUUAUCGUCAUUAGGGGCGCUUGGGGAGAUCGAUGAUUAUGACAUAACAUAUUUCGACGACGAGGAAGAGAGCGAUCAGAGGCUCGAUAAUGGAGAGGACGAGGUACAAGUAAACGGGUCGAUCGGUUCGAGGGAAAGCAGUGAGAGGGGGUCAAGGACAGGUUUGGACCCACGACCUUCUGAUUCAAGACACCUUAAUAAAUCCCUAGAUUCAAUAUUGAGUGAUAUCAAAAGGAAUGGGAGAGGAGACGAUAAUGGAUUCGAACUACGUUUGGAAAGAACUCGUAGUCUAGAAAAUAUUCGCUUAUAUUCAGGCUUUGUUAGUCGGUCAAUAGACGAUGGAAAGGGGGAUAGUUUACCUGACAAUCAGUCGGUCAGUUUACCCGAUCGUGUUGGCGAUAAAGAAACGGAGCCUGACAGACUGACUGAGGUAUUAUUGACUGUAAGACCCGAAUCGACCGGCGAAGAAUCGCGGGUAUGUAAUUCGAAGGGAGAGCGAGUCAUCGACAGUAAAAAUGCUAAUGUGGAAACCCCUAUUACUGCUACGCCUGGCAGCGAGAUACACAGCCAGCAAUCAGCCAAUGCAUUGGCGCUCUCUACGUCGUACACACAACGCUUGGCUAAUAUUCACGUGAACUCGGAUAAUUAUUAUGAUGAGGAUGUCAGCGGCACGCGAAGCGGUGCUCCUAUAGAGGAUGUAAUAAGGACUGUAGACACGGAAUAUGCUGGUAAGACUCUACACACCGACUCGGAUAAAAACAACCUCCCUGAACAACAUCAGAAACAAGCGCCGAGUAUAGGAGAAGGAGAAAAACAAGAUGGGGUUGUAGCUGAGGUUGAGAGUAGUUGCAUUGUGGAAAACAUGGAGAAGAAAGUGGCAGGGGAUGGAGCAGCGAGCGCGGAAAUGGCGGAGGUGGAGGGCUUACGGAAAGAGAUACGCGCUUGGGAGGAAAAAUAUGGCGCCUUGGAGAAACGCGUGCGUUCUAUGGAUGAUAGUGGAAGUACUAAAUGUUUAACCAUGGAUCAAGAUGUGGAGAAUCUAAGCUUGCCUGAACUGCAGGCAAGGGUAACAGCUUCUGAAACCAUGAUCGUGGAUCUUAGGGAUCAAAUUGAAUGUUACAAGGAGGAAAUAGAAGAGCUCCAGCUGGAGCUAGAGGAGGCUGCUGAUAGGGUGAGGGAGGGGGAUCUAGAGGAGUACCGUGAUCUUAAACAUGAAUUAGAUCAGGUUACUAAAGAAUGGAGAAUCCUACAGUAUAGGUUAAGAAAAGCUGAUCGGAGGGUGGAACAGGCCGAUCAGGAGCGACAGGAGUGGGAAGAGAAAUGUCAAAUAUUAAUGAUGCAGAUGGAUGAAAUGCAAAAACAGCAUAUGAAGCAUGUUGGGGAGUCGGGAGGGGUGGGUGGGUUAGGUAGUGCUGCUACUACAGGUGGUAGAGGAGGAGGGGGUGGGUCCAAUGAAAGGGUCUCCUCAGCUGGAGGGAGUGGAUCCGAAGAGGAAGAUAAAACCGUCGAUAAGGAGAUCCUGGGGCUCAAACAAGAACUUAAAAUUGCCAAAGAUGUUUCCAUACGGCUCCACCAGGAGCUGGAGAUGGUGGAGGAGAAGCGAGCCAGGACAGAGGAGGAGAACCAACUCUUGAGAAAGAAACUCGUAGAUUCAGAGGCGACACGGAAGGAGUUUAAACGUGAACUGGAAAAGACACGCCUUGAGGUAAGUUCUACCAAUCACAUUCAUUUGCUAAUAAUAAUUAACCAACUAUGAACUGUGG